GGCCAGCGCGGCGCCCGGCUGGGCUGCGGGCGGGAUGCGCGCGGGGCUGCGCGCGCGGGGCUAGGGCGCGCCGGGCUCUGCACACCGGCCCGCGCGCCGCCGCCGUCACCAUGAAGAAGCAGUUCCACCGCAUGCGCCAGCUGGCCAACCAGACGGUGGGCAGGGCAGAGAAGACAGAAGUUUUAAGUGAAGAUCUUCUUCAGGUGGAGAAGCGGCUGGAGCUGGUGAAACAGGUGUCACACAGCACACACAAGAAGCUCACUGCGUGUCUCCAAGGCCAGCAAGGGGCAGAGGUGGACAAACGCUCUAAAAAAUUGCCUUUGACAACAUUGGCUCAGUGUUUGAUGGAAGGGUCUGCUAUCCUGGGAGAUGACACGCUUCUUGGGAAAAUGCUCAAACUGUGUGGAGAGACAGAGGACAAGUUGGCUCAGGAACUGAUUCAUUUUGAAUUGCAAGUAGAGAGAGAUGUGAUUGAGCCCCUGUUUUUGCUGGCUGAAGUGGAAAUCCCAAAUAUUCAAAAACAGAGGAAGCAUUUAGCAAAGUUGGUGCUGGACAUGGAUUCUUCACGAACAAGGUGGCAGCAGACUUCCAAGUCGUCAGGUUUGUCCAGCAGCUUACAGCCUACAGGUGCCAAAGCUGAUGCCCUCAGGGAAGAAAUGGAGGAGGCUGCCAACAGAGUGGAGAUUUGCAGGGACCAACUUUCAGCUGACAUGUACAGUUUUGUGGCCAAAGAAAUUGACUAUGCAAACUACUUUCAGACGCUAAUAGAAGUGCAAGCUGAAUACCACAAGAAAUCAUUGACACUCUUGCAAGCAGUGUUGCCUCAGAUAAAAGCACAACAGGAGGCCUGGGUCGAAAAGCCUUCCUUUGGAAAGCCCCUGGAGGAGCACCUCUUGAUCAGUGGCCGGGAGAUCGCCUUCCCCAUUGAGGCCUGUGUGACGAUGCUGCUGGAAUGUGGGUUGCAGGAGGAGGGACUUUUCCGAGUAGCUCCAUCUGCCUCCAAGCUGAAGAAGCUAAAAGCUGCCUUGGACUGCUGUGUGUUGGACGUGCAGGAGUACUCAGCAGACCCCCACGCCAUUGCAGGCGCUUUGAAAUCUUACCUCCGAGAAUUACCAGAACCACUUAUGACUUUUGAACUUUAUGAUGAGUGGAUUCAGGCUUCUAAUAUCCAGGAGCAAGACAAGAGACUUCAGGCUCUGUGGAAUGCCAGUGAAAAAUUGCCCAAGGCUAAUCACAACAACAUCCGAUACUUGAUCAAAUUUUUGUCCAAGCUUUCAGAAUAUCAAGAUGUAAACAAGAUGACUCCCAGUAAUAUUGCAAUUGUGUUAGGACCCAAUCUCUUAUGGCCACAAGCAGAAGGGAACAUCACAGAGAUGAUGACGACAGUCUCCUUGCAGAUUGUUGGGAUUAUUGAACCUAUCAUCCAGCAUGCAGACUGGUUCUUCCCUGGAGACAUAGAGUUCAACAUCACGGGGAGUUACGGGAGCCCAGUGCACGUGAACCACAAUGCCAACUACAGCUCCAUGCCUUCCCCUGACAUGGACCCAGCUGACCGGCGCCAGCCUGAGCAGGCCCGCCGGCCCCUCAGUGUUGCCACAGAUAAUAUGAUGCUGGAGUUUUACAAAAAGGAUGGCCUUAGGAAAAUUCAAAGCAUGGGUGUGAGGGUCAUGGACACGUCCUGGGUCGCCCGAAGAGGCUCCUCUGCCGGCCGGAAAGCAGCCUGUGUGCCGCCCCCGGUGCAGCCGCCCGCCCCGCCCGCCGACCCAACGCCCCUGCCCCAAGGCCCCCCAGAGCCCGCGCUGUCCGCCGCCAGCCUGGGCCUCCAGCCGGGGCCCGAGCGGACCAGCACUUCUAAAAGCAAGGAACUUUCUCCAGGAUCUGGCCAAACAGGAAGUUUGGGCUCCAGCCAGGGGACAGCCAGUGCAGGGCUGCAACUAGGGACACAGCCAAGUGCCAAUUCCAGCCUGUCACCUGCAGAUCAGAGCCCGCAGACCCUCCGGAAAGUUUCCAAGAAGCUGGCACCAAUUCCACCCAAGGUCCCCUAUGGCCAAGCAGGGGCUAUGGCUGACCAGUCCAGCAGCCAGCCUUCCCCACUCAGCCUGUCCCCAACCCCGCCCAGCACCCCUUCGCCCUAUGGACUGAGCUACCCUCAGGGGUACUCCUUGGCACCAGGCCCACUCUCCCCUGCUGCGACUCCUUCCCUGGCUUCUCCUUCAGGUCUCACAAGCACUUUAACCAAAUCGCGACCCACCCCUAAGCCCCGACAGAGACCCACUCUGCCGCCGCCUCAGCCUCCCACGGGAAACCUCUCCGCCUCUAGCCCACAGUCCGCAGAGCACCCCGUGCUAGAUGGCAUGUCCCCUGUGGAAAGCAUGUCUACAGACCUUGUCCACUUUGAUAUCCCCUCCAUCCACGUAGAGCUUGGGUCAACACUCCGCCUGAGUCCUCUGGAGCACGUGCAGCGACACUCAGUGACGGAGAAGAGAGAUUCAGAGGAAGAGUCUGAGAGCACUGCCCUCUGACGUGGCGGCCUGCCCCAAGGUGUAUAUACAGACUCGGCCAGGAGCACCCCUGGGCUUGCCAAGUGUUCUUCGUCGGCUCCUUGCUGUGACUACCAACACUAGGCUGGAGUUUGUGCAGAAAAUUGCCCUCCCCAGCCUGAGUGCCAUAUGUAGGUGGUGCAGAUGGUUUGUUCCUGUUGGGUGGUAACUUUGGCCAUUUGUUUGAUCUUUGCCUUUUGACUUUGUGCCUAUUUUGUCUUACUUUCUGUCUCCAUGCCAAACAAUACCUUUUUUUCCGCCCAAGGGUAUACCUGUCUGCAACUGCUUGAGAGUAGUUUUCUGUUAGCCCUGAGGACUGCUACCUGUGCUCUUGACAGCCAAGACCCAGUGCCACAAUGCCAACUUAUUUGCUCCAGAGCAACAAAGGCUAGCAGAUGACCUUCUCGUUUACAUAACACUAGUUCUAGAAUUUUGAAGACUGACUUGCUUGACAGGCAGGGCUCAGAUGGUAAAAAACCACCCCUAAUCCCUGGGCUUUGAAUUAAAUGGAUUAGAACAGUAUUUCAUUUACUGACAAUUUUAUUUUCCACAAUGUGUGACUGAAAGCUCCCAUUUUCUUGUUUUAUAUUCCUAAACUUAAAAAACAAAUUACCAUUAAGGUUGCCGAGAGGGCCUAAACUUCUCCACAUGCCCCCAAAACGUGAAGCGGCUGAUACCCCCCAACCCCAGGCUCCCAGUGCACCCAACGUAUUUGGCCCACAGGGUCCCAUGACCCACCCUUUCUCUUGGAGGUCACAAUGUAUAGCAAUAAUUCUGUUUCCCAAAGCAUGGAGAGCAAAGUGGCACUGGCCUUCAGAGACAACAGGCAGUGGUGUGCCUUGGCCCCUCCUCAUGAAACCCCAUCCAUUCUCACGGAAGAGCCAGGGUGGUCCUGGGGGAGCUGAGUUACAGUGCAGCAGGUUUGCGUCAUGCAUGCAAAGUCAAACUUUACAGUUUUAUCCUUUUAAAAUAGAUAUAUCUAUACACGAUAUAUUUGUAUAUAUGAAAUCUCUAUAUUUGUUUAAUUUGAGCCAUUAAAUCUAAAUCAGUGUACAGGUAUACAAUGAAACAAUCAAAUGCUUAGUUAUUUUUCCCAACACAAUGUAAAAUAAUCUUCCUCUUCAGACAGAAUUUGCAAACUUUCAAUGUCCAUGGCUUUGCUUACUUCCUGGCAAGGAUGUUCAGUACCCAAUUUGUAAGAGCCCAGGGGUUGAAAGUUUCCUUUAAAUACAUGUACAAAUAGUUGUCUAAAGCAAUGUUAUUAAAAUAGAUUUAUUAUCCCUGA